GUGUUAUUUAAAGCCAGAGAUCCUCCCUCUCUCGCCAAGCCACUGUGUUGCAUCUGUCUGCCACGCUACUUGUGCGUCGGUGUGUGUGUUUGUGUGCGUGUAGAGGGGGAGUGUGAAAGUGCGCUAAAAAACCCAGGCAGCCAGUGGGAGAGCUAGAGAGCGGAGAGAGACACAGGGGAAAGGCAAAAAGCAUCUGAGAAGGGAGCAGGAACGGGAGUGUGAGACAGCUAUGAAAUUCAUCCAGGCUAUUUGCUUACUGCUUCUCUUUCCAGCUUUGACCCUCAACAGCAGACAAAGCUACGAUGGUUUGGAGAAGAAGCUAAAAGAAGUCUUCAGUGAACGAAGCAGCAUCUUGCAUCAGCUCUCAAAGACAUCAAAGGAAUUGGACAGCAUAAAAGGCAACCUUCAGUCCCUGAAAAAUGAUGAGUCAGUGGCCAAGAAGGAUGUGCAAAGGAUUCUGGAGCUCAGCCACAAACAAAGAGAGGAGAUGAAGUCCCUCCAGGCAGCCCUGCAGAAGCAGCUGGAUGAGGCAAAUGAGAAAGCUGAAAAGCAGCAGGCCACGAUAAAAUUUCUGAAAGUGGAGAUGGAGAAAAAAACAAAAAUCAUCAAGGAUUUACAACAAGAGAACAAGAGCCUAAAAAAUAAACUACUCUCUGGAAACAAACUUUGCGAUGCAUAUGCUGAAGAGUCCAAAAAAAUCCAGGCUCAACUGAAAGAACUGCGGUAUGGGAAAAAGGAUUUAAUUUUUAAGGGGCAACAGCUUCUGGACUUGGAGCACAAGCUAACCAUCGCCAAGGAGGAAUUAGAGAAGACAGCCCUUGAUAAGGAGUCACAGCUGAAGGCACUGAAGGACACAGUUCACAUCUGCUUUUCAGCUGUUCUGCACAACCAGCCCAGCAGCAGCCACAGAUUCCCCUCCUCCCCCAGCCACCUAUUCAGAUACUCAUCGCUCAUCAACAGCUCCAGACUCACCUUUCAGCAGCCACAUGCUAAGGAUAUCUCCAAGGUUCAGAGAAUUGUUUCCUCCAGUAAAUCACCCAUGAACAUCAGUGAAAUAAGAAGAGAGAAUGUUGGAGUUAAAGAGUGCCAGAUGGAAAAGGCCGCAGGUGAAUGCUUCCAGAAUCAGACGAAUGGAUCAGCCCCAGGAAGCAAAAGCCUACCAGACAUUCAGCAAAAGGACCAGGUGCAGAGUGAACAACUUGACACAAAGCUGUCACACGACAAUAAGGAUGCAGACGGCGAGAGCAGCAAAAAGACAAAGCUCCACGAAUACAACUGAGCAGACAGCAUGUCAUCGCAGAGCAGCCUGCAUCGCCUGGAGGAUCUUUCUAAGAGCACACACUUGCGCACGCCUACAAGGAAAAACGUGCGCCCACACAUUUUGACUUACACGCUUACUUUUUAAAAUA